UGUUCGGAGCAGAACGAUUUCUUUGUGGGCGAAGAGGAGGCCGUUAAAGUCAAUUACAUGAAUCAGAAGGCCAAAUUCGGCUACGGCUUCUUUGAGGACUUGGGCUGCACAGCCUUGGAUAUGCCGUACAAGGACUGCGAUUUGUCCAUAUUUGUGCUGUUGCCACAGGAACGCACUGGACUGAAGGCCUUGGCCGAAAAACUAAAGUAAGUGAAGCUGGUCGAUUUGGCCGACAAACUGGACGUCGAGGAGGUGCAAGUCAAGUUCCCAAAGUUCAAAGUUGACUACUCUCUCGAGCUGGGUGACAAGUUGAAAGAGCUUGGCAUCAAGAAAAUGUUUACGGAAAGCGCCGAGUUCAACAAUUUGCUGGAAUCUCCCGAAGGAGUGUUUGUGUCAAAGGUAUUGCACAAGGCCACAAUUGAAGUCAAUGAGGAGGGCACGGAGGCUGCUGCAGCCACUGGAAUGAUCAUGAUGACUCGCAUGAUGACAUUCCCAUUGCAGUUCCAAGCUGAUCGCCCGUUCCUGUACGUCAUCUGGAACAAGAAGAACAUCUUCUUCGCGGGUGCUUUUGUAAAUGCACCAACUUCUUAGAACGUCAUCUCUCAUUAUUAAUUUAUGUUUUUAUAUUGAAAGUAUUUUUGAAAUAAACGAUUCGCACAACGAC